AUGACUAAAAAUAAAUCUAAAAAUAAAUCUAAUAAUAGUAAUAUUAGUAAUAAUAAUAAUAAUAAUAAUAAUAAUAAUAAUAAUAAUAAUAAUAAUAAUAAUAAUAAUAAUAAUAAUAAUAAUAAUAAUAAUAAUAAUAAUAAUAAUAAUAAUAAUAAUAAUAAUAAUAAAAAUGGGGAAUCUCAAUUAAAAAAUAAAAAUAAAAAUAUUAGUGAAAAUCAACAUAUAUAUGAUAAACAUAAUCAUGAUCAUAGUCAUGAUCAUAAUCAUGAUUAUGAUGAUAAUAAUGAAGAUGAUGAAGAAAAAGAAGAGUUAGAACAUUACCAAUUAAUUGUAUCUACUUUAUUAAAUUAUUCACAAUAUUCAUUACAUUGGGUUAAAGAUAUGCAAGAUUUCUUUCAUUAUAAAUUAAGUGAAGACGAGAAAAAACUAUUACCAAAUUAUAAUGCAAAAAUGGAGGCAUUGGCAAGAGCAGUACUUGUGAAUUCUCAAUUCUUAAAAAAAAUUGGUAAUGAACAUUGUAACAUAUUUUCACAAUCAUCAGAUAAUAGUGCUAAUAGUGAAAGAAUUGUAGAUCCAACCAAUUUAGAUCACAUUAAAAUAGAUUAUUUCAUGAUGGAUCAAUUAAAAAGUACAAUUAGACAAUUGGUUAGAGAAUGGAGUGAAGAGGGUAAGCUUGAAAGAGAUCAAGCAUUCGAACCAAUCAAACAACAACUUUUGGAAAUAUAUGGCCAUAUACCAUUUCAAGAAAGAUCCAAAAUUAGAGUUUAUUCACCAGGUGCUGGAUUAGGUCGUUUAUGUUUGGAAAUCGCUUCAUUAGGUUUUUCUUCUCAAGGUAUUGAAUAUUCCUUUAUGAUGUUAAUAGUUUCAAAUUUUAUGUUAAAUAAAGUUGAAAAAAUUAAUGAAUUUAAAAUCCAUCCAUAUAUACAUCAAACAGUAAAUGUUUUAAGAGAUAUUGAUCAAUUAAGAACUGUAACGAUACCAGAUGUUUUAUCAAGUGAAUUGUUACCAAAGAAUAAUCCAGCAUUAGAAUUUUCAAUGUCAGCAGGUGAUUUCACAAAGAAUAUUGAAGAGAAUUCAUUCGAUUGUAUAUGUACUUGCUUUUUUAUUGAUACAGCACCAAAUAUUUUGGAAUAUGUUGAUUGUAUUUCAAAAAUUUUAAAACCUGGUGGAACUUGGAUAAACUUUGGCCCACUAUUAUAUCACCAUGCUAAAAAAAAGGACUCAAUCGAAUUAUCCUAUGAACAAUUACGUUAUUUAAUUUGUAAAAAACAAUUCCAAUUUAAAAAAGAAGAGAUUAGAGAUGCUGAAUAUUGUUCAAAUCAAAAAUCUUUAUUAAGAUCAAUUUAUAAAUGUCAAUUUUUUGUUGUAAUAAAUAAUAAACCUACAUAA